CAUCCUCGCAUCACAUGUAGGGGCAUGUGAAGGCCACUGUCGCACACUCGCAUCUGCCCUUUGCUCUGCCCGCUGUAGCUCUAGAGCGUUCACCGGCUAGGACUUCUUCUCAGCCGUCUCCGCCUGCCGUAGUGCCAUGGCGACCACACCGGUGGGCAGGGACGGAGAUGGGAACCGGAAGAGGAGGAAGCAGCAGGGUGGCUUCAAGACCAUGCCGUUCAUACUAGUGAACGAGGUGUGCGACCGGUUCGCGACGGCCGGCUUCGGCGCGAACCUCAUCACGUACCUGACGCAGCAGCUGCACCUGCCGCUGGUGGAGGCGUCCAACACGCUCACCAACUUCGGUGGCACGUCCAGCCUGACGCCCAUCCUCGGCGCGCUCGCCGCCGACUCCUUCGCCGGCCGCUUCUGGACCAUCGUCGCCGGCUCCGUCUUCUACCAGCUCGGCAUGGCCGGCCUCGUGGUGUCCGCGCUGCUCCCGUCCCUCCGCCCCGGGCCCUGCUCCCCUCCCGAGACCCCGUGCCGCCGCGCCAACGGGCUGCAGCUCGCCGUGCUCUACGUCUCGCUGCUGUGCACGUCCCUCGGCUCCGGCGGCAUCCGGCCGUGCGUGGUGGCCUUUGGCGCCGACCAGUUCGAGCAGCAGGAGCAACAGCAGGAUGGUGGUGGUGGAGGCACGGAGGCUGUGGCUGGGCAGAAGCGGCAGUACUUCAACCUCUACUUCUUCACCAUGGGGUUGGCCGUGCUGCUGGCGCUGACGGUGGUGGUGUACAUCCAGGAGAACGUGGGGUGGGGAUGGGGGUUCGGGAUACCGGCCAUCGGCAUGCUGGUCUCCAUCGUGGUGUUCGUGAUCGGGUACCCGCUCUACGUCCGGCUCAAGCCGGGGGGCAGCCCGUUCACGCGGCUGGCGCAGGUCGUCGCCGCCGCCUACAAGAAGCGCCGCGCCGCGCUGCCGGAGGACCCCCGCAUGCUCUACCACGACAAGGAGCUCGACGCGCUCAUCUCCACCAACGGCAGGCUCCUGCACACCAACCAGCUCACGUUCUUGGACCGGGCGGCGAUCGUGAUGGCGGGGGACACCGCCGGGUCCGGCAAGCUGGACCUGUGGCGGCUGUCGACGGUGCACCGCGUGGAGGAGCUCAAGUCCAUCGUCCGCAUGCUGCCCAUCUGGUCGGCCGGCAUCCUGCUCGUCACCGCCGGCUCGCACAACAGCAGCUUCACCAUCCAGCAGGCGCGCACCAUGGACCGCCACGUGACCCAGCAUUUCCAGAUCCCGCCGGCCACCAUGUCCAUCUUCACCACCACCGCGAUGCUCGUCACCCUGGGCCUCUACGACCGCGCCGUCGUGCCCCUGGCGCGCCGCUUCACGGGCCUACCGUCCGGGAUCACCUACUUCCAGCGCAUGGCCGUCGGGCUGGCCAUCUCCAUCCUCGGCGUCGCCACGGCGGCGCUCGUUGAGGCCAAGCGGCGGGGCGUCGCCGCCGACCACGGGCUCCUGGACGCCCCGGCCACCGUCGUGCCGAUGAGCGUGUUCUGGCUUGUGCCGCAGUACGCCAUCCACGGGGUGGCGGAGGGGUUCUCGUCCGUGGGGCACAUGGAGUUCCUGUACGACCAGGCGCCGGAGAGCAUGCGCAGCACCGCCGCCGCGCUCUUCUGGCUCUCGGCCUCCCUCGGCAGCUACAUGGGCACGGUGCUCGUGACGGCGGUGCAGAGCGCCACGCGGGGCAGCGGCGACUGGCUCCAGGACAACAUCAACCGGGGCAGGCUGGACGCCUACUACUGGCUCGUCACCUGCCUCAUGGUGCUCAACCUUGGCUACUACCUCAUCUGCUUCCAUUUCUACACCAUGAAGCCAUUGGAGUUGGCGGAAGACGGUGACCACCACAAGGAGUGCGAGCUGCCCUCCAUCCACAAAAAUGGCAACGGCGGCGCCGCCAGCGGCUUGGUAUAAGAAUAAGAUCGAGUAGUCGGAGGGUAUAGUAUAAUUACGCCGACUGUAUACUGUAGUAAGUAUAUGGAGUACGUACUAACUAAUUCAAGGACACAUGCGUGCACAACCGUUGCAACUUCCAAAUGGCCUUGGAGCUAGCUUAGUACUGUAGUAUAGUAUAAGCAUCCCGUGACAAGAUCCAUUUGUGAAGAUAAUGAUCAUGAUCCUGUCGCAAAAGAAAGAAAAAGAAGAUCAUGCAGCAAAA